AUGUGUGAUGUUGUUUGCCCAAUAAACAGCAGUUCUUGUACAAGCAACGACGCUGAUGGACAUUGUCAACAAACGACAAAACUUGACAUUUCUGUCGCAAAUCGAGCCGGCCCGAAGUCAAGUCGGUCAAAGAGGCCCGAUUUGGUGAAGAUUGGAACGCCUACUGCCGUUCAGACAUGGGCCCAGGCUGCGCCACAUGUUGCUUUCUGCCGAGGCACUUGUCUGUCGGCCAGCCACGAGGCAGGUACCAGACGCCUCCAAGGCCUGGCUCGACUGUCACUCCAGCUCAUCAGCAUCAAUCAGUAUCAACAUCAGCAUCAACAUCAGCAUCAGCAUCAUCUAAUCAUCUCACUCAGAGCUAACUUCUCUUUACGGCAUUUAACCCUGACGACCCCUGAAUUGUAA